UUAAGCAGGUGCGAACCAAGUUCAAGUGGUGUAUAAGUACGUGCAAAAACGUUGCCUUGACUAUACAAACAGCCACCGGUUUAAAGAGAUUUGUUGAAGAUAAAGGAUGUGGUAAGUGGUUUGGUCUCUUGUUUCCAUUAGUAAAAAGCAGAGAUUCCUGUCAGCCAGAACAAGCGAUUGAACCUUCCACCAGUACGGCCACGAGACCCACAAGUUCACGUUCAAGAUCCUCAAGCACUGGUGCUAGUUCAGUGGAUGAUUUGGAAGAUGGUGAGGAUAAAGCAGAGGAAGACGUCAGAUCAAAUAUGUUUGUCCCCAUUAGAAAAAAUAAAAAUAAAAAUGAGUCAGAGCCAGUAGGCUUGUCAGACUAA